AUGUCUCGCUCGCCAGCCCAUUUUGAGCGCACCCUUGUAGAUCUGGAGGAUUGGGUCAACAAGACUGCCAUCGAGGACUGCAAAGUAGAUGCCUGCGUUGACAGGUUCCUUGUCCGUGUUUACCGGCUAAACCGUUCCAUCCUGAAUCAGUUGGAAUCUAGACCAUACUAUGGCUUUGGAAGAAGAGCCCCCAAGAAGCACCCAAAGCCAUUGGAAUGGAGUGGGGAGGGUGCCGAGGAGCUGCGGGAAAUUGCCUCUGAACUCAGAGACAAUUUGAAUCGCCUUCUUCCGGGCUAUGUCGAGGAAAACACUGAUGUCCUUAGAAAUGAGAAAGUUCUUCGAAGGAUCAAUAGCCGAUGGGAGGCUGUCGGCUCCAGGGUAGUCUGUGACCGGGAAUAUCUGCAGCAAACUUCCGACAAAGAUAGUCUCGAUGAAGUUGAUGAGGACCCGGAGGAUAUGGAGACAGAUGAUAUGGAAACUGAGGGUACCGACGCAGCAGAUACUGAAUCUGAGGAUAGACCAAAACAGGAAUCCAAGGGAGACGUGCGUGAGACAAAGGGCCUUGCAACCCCUGUACCUGGUUUCAUGGAUCGAAUCCUAGAUACCUUGAGUGCGGCACGCGUGGCAACAGCGGAAGAGAAGAGUACCACCGGAUCUUCGUCCUUAGCGACUGCUGCCUUUACACAGGCAUGCCAGCAGUUGAGAGAGGCAAUUGAGAGCGAAACCUCGUCUGCCUUGUUUACAUGUGGAGGCAACAUCCCGAUUGCGAAUCCCAACGGCUCUGAGCAAGCAGCAGCUGGACCUACUUCACCCCGUGUGCAGGUGGUUCACUGGGGUGCCGAGCACGACUCCACCGCACAAAAGCUCACACUCCCAGUGCUAAGUGAGACCAGCGAUGGUUCAAUCCAUGAACUCCAAACACUUCUUGAUGCUUGCCAACCUGCGAGUUUUGGUAGGGGUGGGCAGGACAUCCUUGACCCUGAAUACCGUCGGGCAGGGAAGCUUGACCCCGACCGAUUUUUGACGAGCUUCCACCCAGCCGACUUUGGCAUAAUUGAGCUCAUCGAGCAGAUCCUUCUACCUGGUAUCAGUAGUGAGACCGAGAAUCGAUUGCAAUUCCGCAAGCUGAAGGCUGAGUUGUAUAAAUUGAAUGUAUACUCGGGCCCUUCUGGGCAUUUCCGAAAGCAUGUUGACACGCCACGCUCGGAGCACCAGAUUGGAUCACUCGUGGUUUGUUUGCCAUGCCAAUUCGAGGGAGGCAACCUGACUGUGCAGCAUCACGGGCAGAUGGCCAAGUUUGAAUGGAGCCGACAAAGUAGAUCUAGUAUCCAAUGGGCAGCCUUCUACUCGGAUUGCGAGCAUGAAAUCGAGACGAUCAGAGCGGGCCAUCGGAUCACGCUCACAUACAACCUAUAUGUACGGGAAAUGCCCGGUGCCAUACUCGCUCCCAUCCGUCCCGUGCUUGAUCCACACACUCUCCCACUUUAUGGGUUGAUUGAAAGUCUACUCACCACCCCUGGAUUCAUGAAAGAUGGCGGCGUGUUUGGAGUCCACUGCUCCCAUGCCUAUCCCCAUUCUUCGGAUAUAGCCGGGCUCCAGCUCCCGCGUUCAUUGAAGGGCGCCGACCUUGUCGUCUAUGCGGUUUUUGAAGCGCUUGGUAUGGAUGUCAGCAUCCUCCCGGUUCUGGAAUAUGAUGAAGACUAUGAAGAUAAUGGGGCACCCUACUUCGCCGACUCUGAACAGGACUCAGGCUCUGAGCAAGACUCAGAUUCUGGGCCUGGGUGGUACCACAGAAAAUACCGGCGUUCUGUUCCGGAAGAUUACCUGGCAAAGGGCAAAGAGUCUUCCCUCAGGUAUAGCGAAGUGUACCCUUGGAAGUCUAGUAGUGCACUUCUUGAUGUGGACCAGCACUGGAAGCGUUUGUUGUUGACACGCGAAGUGGUUGAUGUGAUAGAAGCCUUCUCGUUUGGAGAAAAGCACCACCUGCCAAAGAAGCCGAACAGCCUCUACGAGGAAUGGGGUGUCCGUGUGGCUCCGCGUCUCCAAAGGUACAUUAGGUCUGAUCGCGGACAGGAGGAAGACCUCAAAGAGGUGACCAACGAUGUCUGGCCGUCAUACUACCUCCCCGGCAUUACCUGGCUUGGCGAAGCCAAGCAUAAGGAGAUGACAUUUUCUCACAUAUCUUAUGGCAAUGAGGCUAGUAUCGGCACUCGUUAUUCCUGUGCGGUGAUCUUGGCCGUUAUUCCGCCCUUCAGUCAACGCGGCCAAAGCGGGAAGAUGAAGUAG